AUGCCUGUUCACGGAGGCAACAUCACCCCCAGCCCAUCCUCCAAGGAUGAUGGCAUCAACAAAGGUGGCACCAAAGACGGCAGUCCCAAGACUCCUACCAAUGUCAAGAGUGACAAGAAGAAACUCGCUCAGAUUGAGUUGACUCCAACUGAGUCCCUGCUCUUUUUCAACAUGCCAUUAACCAGUCUCCCUCUUAGUGCAUCUGUGGAUUGGGCUGCUGUAGCAGUUCAUUCCAACUUGAAGAAUGCAGCGUCUGCUAAGAUACUCAAAAAGCACGGCCUAAUGGACCACGCCCCCGAGACUCCGAGAUCUCAGGCUCAGAAGCGAAAGGCGGCAAUGAAAUCUCAAGAGAGUGUGGAUGAUGAUGAGGAGGAUGUCGACUCCUCCUAUAAUCCCGGCCCUGGAAUCGCAAAUGCAGAUGGGCGGAAGCGAUCUACUGUCCGUGCCGCUAGUAGCCGCGCGAAGAGGACCAAGGGAAGGCUCAGAUCCGAACAGGAUCAGGACGACAAGGACGUAGCUGUGAACAGUGUCGGCGCCGCUCCUUCCCCGGCAUCAAAGCUUCACAGCAAAUCUGAGAUCAAGUUUGAGGGAAAGACUGGGUCCGAGCCGGGCAGUGACAGUGGCGUCGCACUGCUCAACGACGAUGGCAUUGCAGAUGCUAUCGACGGCGCUACAAGCGCAAGCCCUUAUGAGCCGAGCCACGGUCAGGAACCCUCACCACAAGCUUUAGGCACUGGUGCGGCCUAUCUCUCGGAUCUCGGCUAUCACCAGAGCGGUCUACUAGCUCAUAUGGAUGACCCCCAGGCCACAGAGCUCCUCCAUCCCGGUAUGGUUCCAAUUGCUGCCGACGGGCUUUUCGGUUUUGAGCAGCGGUUGAGCCCCGGUCAGGUGGCGGAUUUGCAGGCAAGUCAUGAUUCCCAGGUACAGCGCUCUCAGCUCUCUCGCCUCCAGGCUCCGCAAAUGCUCCGCUACCAGACGACGUCCGUCAUGCCUGGCGACAACCUCCCCUUUGGUUACCUUGGCCCUACGCAGUUCAACCAGCACUUUCCAAUUGGCGCCUAUAAUGGGGUUCCUUUCUUCGAUCAACCACAGCUCAGCCAUGGUGUUGGGUAUGGCUAUCUGGAUGAAGAGAGCCUUCAAGGCGGGCUCGAUGGGCAGCACGAAUGGAUGGUCGAUGACGUCAAAAUCAAGAGAGAGGGCACACCAGAGAGCGAAGGACCGGCUGAGGCUAAGUGGCAGCCUGAGUGUGGGGAUGAGGUCAAACAAGACGGCGAGCCCUCGCUCGAGGAGAUCCGAGGCGCCACCUAUCACUGA